AUGGAUCCGAGGACAGCUUUCUCUUGCUGUGCUCUGCUCCUCAUCACACUGUUGCCUCUUUCAGCAAAUGCCUCGAGCAAACUCUACAUAGUGUACAUGGGGGAGAAGAAACAUGACGAUCCAUCUGCUGUCACCGCGUCGCACCAUGACAUACUAGCCUCAGUAUUUGGGAGCAAGGAUGAAUCCUUGAAGUCAAUAGUUUACAGUUACAAGCACGGAUUCUCUGGAUUCGCGGCAAUGCUCACCGGAACCCAAGCUGAGAUGUUGGCAAAGUUUCCUGAAGUUAUAAGUGUGAAACCUAACACUUAUCAUGAGGCACAAACAACUCGAAGCUGGGACUUCCUUGGCCUUGGCCUCAACAAAUUACCACAACAAACUGACCUGCUUCGGAAAGCAAAUUACGGUGAAGAUAUCAUCAUCGGGGUGAUCGAUUCAGGCAUAUGGCCUGAAUCACUAAGCUUUGACGACAACGGAUACAGCCCCGUUCCGGCACGGUGGAAAGGCAUAUACCAGGUUGGGCAGACAUUCAAUGCAACAAGCUGCAACAGAAAGAUCAUCGGCGCACGGUGGUACUCGAAUGGAGGUGACCCCGAGAAUCUCAAGGGCGAGUACAUGUUGCCUCGGGACUUCCACGGCCAUGGCACACACGUCGCCUCGACGAUCGCCGGUAGAGAAGUCCAGGGUGUGAGCUAUGGUGGCCUAGCCACUGGCAUGGCCCGUGGCGGAGUACCACGUGCACGGCUAGCAAUCUACAAGGCGUUAUGGGGGCCGCGGAUAAGGGGUAGUGAAGCCAUGAUCCUCGCGGCCAUCGACGAUGCCAUACACGAUGGUGUGGAUGUCAUGUCGCUCUCACUUGGGGGUGCUGGUCACGAGUUUCCCGGGACACUGCACGCUGUCUUGAGAGGAAUCUCAGUUGUCUUUUCUGCCGGGAAUGAUGGCCCGGCACCACAAACGGUGACCAAUGCUGUGCCAUGGGUGACGACAGUGGCAGCUAGCACGAUCGACCGUGCCUUCCCAACCUUAAUAUCUCUUGGAAACAAAAAAAAGCUUGUGGGACAAUCUCUUUACUACAACUCAACUCUGAACAACGGUGACUUUAAGGAGCUUGUUCAUGCGGGAAGCUGCACUGCGGAGUGGUUGGCAUCAAGCAACGUGACCAGCAAGAUCGUCCUGUGCUACGCACCGGGGUUGGCGCCCAGCGUGCUGCUUCGGGUAGAUCUGCCCCUCACCAUCAACCGUAGCAUGGGCGCCGGAGCCAAGGGCCUCAUCUUCGCGCAGUACGCCACGAACCUCCUGCCAGCAUGCAAGGGCAGCAUGCCCUGUGUUGUAGUAGACUACGAAACCGCACAGAGAAUUGAGUCAUACGUGGCGAUCGCAGAGAGUCCAAUCGUGAAGAUAUUACCUGCCAUGACCGUUGUCGGAGACACAGUGUUUUCACCAAGGGUCGCUGCAUUCUCGUCCAGAGGCCCUAGCCCCCUGUAUCCAGGCAUACUCAAGGCGUCAACAUCUUAG